AUGACCGACCUGAAAAGUGUUUUCAAAGCCCAGUGGGCUAAUGUCACUCACACCGACGGUGGAUGGUCACUGAGCACUUCCACAUGGCGGCUGGCACAGGACCAAACUCGAGACACGCAACUCAUCACAGUUGAUGAAAAAUUGGAUAUCACUGCUUUAACUGGUGUUCCAGAUGAGCACAUCAAAACCCGAAAAGUUCACAUUUUUGUUCCAGCACGCAAUGCAAUGCAGGCAGGAGUUAACAAUACAAAGAAAUGGAAGAUGGAAUUUGAUAACAGGGAGCGCUGGGAGAACCCUUUAAUGGGCUGGGCAUCUACGGCUGAUCCUUUAUCCAACAUGGUUCUUACUUUUUCAACUAAAGAAGAUGCCAUUGCCUUUGCUGAAAAAAACGGCUGGAGCUAUGAUGUUGAAGAGAAGAAGAUUCCAAAACCUAAAUCCAAGUCUUACGGUGCCAACUUUUCUUGGAACAAAAGAACAAGAGUGUCUACAAAAUAGGCUGGCAUUGGUUGUCUGACUGUGAAUAAAGUCAGCUGUGCAAUAUUUAUAGUCCAUGUAUAAUACAUCUCUUAAUCUCAUAAUAAAUUUGACCUUUAAACUACAAA